AUGGUAUGGGAUCACUAUUCAGGGCUUAGUUUGGAGUAUUGGGAUGAAGAAACUUUAUUUACUAUUAGUAGAGCAAUUGGAACUCCUAUCAAAGUUGAUGCAACUACCUUACAAUACCAGAGCGGAUAUUAUGCAAAAGUUUUGGUUGAGAUUGAUUUAGCUAAAACAAUUUCCAAUAAGCUUUGGAUAAUUACUAAGUAUGGAGCAUUCUCUCAGGGGGUAACUCUUACCAAACUGCCUAAAUUUUGUACUAAAUGCAAAAUUGUGGGUCACUUAACUACAGAAUGUAUAGUUUCACAACAAUCUUCAAAAGCAGGAAGUUCUAAUGAGGUGGAGAAGAAGAUUAUUAUUGAUCAAAAUCAAAGCUCUCCAUCAUCAAGGUUGAUGCCUUCUGAGCAGCAAAAAUCCAGUCAAGUUCAAAAUCCUCACAACUCUGGUAAUCUUACUAUACCUCCAAUAAAUUUAGACAUUACAAAACUUAUUCAACAUCCUCAUGUUUCCAUGGAAAAUCAUUCAACUGAAGUUACUGAGAUAAAUUCUGAUCUGAAUAUUAUCAAUUCUACUAUUGAUAUCAAAGUUACACAGAACCCCUUUGAAUCAAGUGAAGAAGUGGGUUCUUCUAAAUCUUCAAAGAAAAAGCCUCCUCUAAAGCCAGCAGUUGUCACAAGGAAAGCUAGUAAAGAAUAUCUUAAGCAUAUGAUUGAUAAGGGGAGUUUAUCUCCUCAACCACCACCUCAAGGUGAUGUCCUUGUCACUGGAGUUCAUGCCAAUUCAUAUACUAUCAACAGAAGAGAAUUGUGGCAAGACUUAUCUGAUAUUAGUCUUAUGAAUAAACCAUGGUUAGUGCUGGGAGACUUUAACACUAUUUUGUCUAUUGAUGAAAAAAGAGGAGGUACAAGCCUUAUUUCAACAUCAAUGAAGGAUUUCCAGGAUUGUGUAGAUUUUUGUGGUUUGUUACAAGCUCCUAAAAAUGGGCUAGAUUUUUCUUUGUGUAAUGGGAGAGAUGGAAACAAGAGGAUUCUCUGCAACCUUGACGGAGCCUUAUUUAACUUAAAAUGGUUGGAUAAAUUUAAUGGGUGGCAUUAUAAAGUUGGAAAUAGAGGGAUUUCUGAUCAUAGUCAUCUUCUGGGUUCAGAUGCAAUCAUUCCUAGAGCUCCUAAUCCUCCUUUUAGAUUUCAACAAAUGUGGUUGAACUACCCAAAUUUUUUGCAAGUCUUUUGUGAUGUUAAGGAUACUCUUAAAAAAGCAGAAGAAAAGGUAUUGGAGGAAACUCUAAAGUCUGAUAGUGACCCCACUAACAUCAACCUGCUAAAUAACUUGGUUACUGCUAGAGGACUUUGUGAUAUGGCUGCAAACAAUUAUAAUACUUUUCUUAGGGACAAGGCAAGAAUUAGCUGGAUUCAAGAUGGUGAUGUUAACACUAAAUUCUUCCAUACAAGCAUCAAGUUAAGACAAGCUCAAAAUGCUAUUUCUGAAAUUGAAAACUCUUCUGGCAAUACUAUUACUGAUCAACUGGGUGUUUCUAAUGUUCUUAUUGAUUACUUCAGCACCAAAUUUGCUCACCAAAAUGUUAGUAUACAUGAUUCUUUCUUUGAAGCUUCUCCAACUGCGAUAACUGCUGAAGACAAUUCCUUUCUAGAAAAAGUACCCUCUGAAGAAGAUAUCAGAAAUGCAGUUUUUGAUCUAAAUCAGGAUAGUGCUCCAGGGCCUGAUGGGUUUACUGGUAUUUUCUACAGGUUUGCUUGGGAAGUUAUAAAAACUGAUUUAGUAACUGCAGUGCAGUAUUGCUGGGAGAACAACUUUAUUCCUAGUGGGAUGAACUCCAAUUUUCUUGUUCUGAUUCCAAAAGUUCAUGGAGCUAAGAAUGCUAAGCAGUUUAGACCUAUUGGUCUUAGCAAUUUCUGCUUCAAAGUUAUUACUAAGAUUGUUACCAUGAGAAUCAGUCAAUACUUACCAAAAAUAAUUUCUCCUCAGCAAUGUGCCUUCAUCAAAAAUAGGAAUAUCCAUGAACAAGUCUUGCUUGCUUCUGAGCUAGUGAAUGAAUUAUCAGUUAAAAGAAGAGGAGGCAACUUGGGUUUAAAAUUAGAUAUCUCUCAGGCUUAUGAUACCAUGAGCUGGGAUUUUUUUUGUAAAGCUCUUACAAGAUAUGGUUUUUCCAAGAAGUUCUGUGAUUGGGUUAUGGUCCUACUUAAAACCACAAAAUUAUCAAUCAUGGUAAAUGGAGGCCCUAUUGGAUUCUUUGGUGUUGGCAGAGGAUUAAAGCAAGGUGAUCCCCUUUCUCCAAUUCUUUUUAUUCUUGUUGAAUAUAUUUUAAGUAGGAACAAUCACAAACUAGUUCAUGAGAGGAAAAUUCUACCCAUGGUGAUAAGAAAUGGCAUUCAUCGCACUCAUUUACUUUUUGCUGGUGAUAUUUUCUUGUUCUGCAAUGGAAACAUGAGAAGUAUUACUCAUCUCAGAAAUCUUCUAAAGGAAUAUCAAGCCGCUACUAGUCAUAUUAUUAAUACUUCUAAAAGUAGAUGCUUUGUGAGUGGUACUUCAUCUGUUAGAAAGAGACAAAUUGCUGAUUUUUUCCAUAUGGAUAUCUCUAAUUUCCCUGACAAAUAUCUUGGUGUUAUGCUGGUUUAA